UUGUAUAUAUGUACCGUUAAUUCAAAGUUACAAGCUCGCGGCGCACCCUUGAAAUGUGUAUACCCGAUUUUUGAACAAAUCAAAUUUCCGUAGCCAUGAUGUAUGCUUUCCAAAUAGCUUGUGUUCCGUGAUGGGCCAAAACACGAUCUGUGUAUGCAAGGUUUUUUUUACACAAACUCGAAAAUCUAACCCAAUCGUUAUCACUGUUAGAUGUACGGUAACAAAACGUCAUUAUCGAUUCGAGUUUUAAGCUUAUUUUGAAGCAUGCGCGUUUUCUCAGCUUACACUACUCGUAGUUCAGUCAUGUUUUAUCAAGUUCUACGUAUUCUCCUGAGUUUUGUAACAAUUUUCUAUUGUGUUAACGGUGAAAAUGUACCGCAAAAAAAUGAUAAACGCGGAGAUAUCGACUUACAAAUGUGCGUCGAAAGCUUUGAUGUCCAUAAGAACAAGAUCAUCAGGACUGAGGAUUCUCAAGAAAUGGGGGCCAAGUACAUUAAUGAGAUAGACUUGGAUUCCCGAAAAGAGUGUCUCAGACUUUGUUGCGAAACUGAGCAAUGCGAUGUUUUCGUUUUCGAAGAUAAGAGACCAGGAAGCUGUUAUCUUUUCCAUUGUGGACCACCCGAUGACUUCAAGUGUAAGUUUACGAGUCAUGCUAACUAUACCAGCGCAGUCCUCACCGUGAAUCUUAAUUCCCGAAAUACUGUUGAACUCGAAGAACAAAUUCGAAGAACACAGCAAGAUCAUGAUCUUCAAUCUCUGAGAAAGUUAGCAGACAACUCACCUGCAGAAUAUUCCGUUCUGGAACCCACUGCAUCUGUAGUUACUGAAGUAUCAAAAAUAGUCAUUUUAACAACAGCUGCCUCAAUUAAACCAGUAUGCAGCCGAAAUCAAUUUGAAUGUCGCACUUCUGGAGAUUGCAUUGCUAUAUAUAAUGCAUGUGACGGUAUACCACAAUGUGCUGACGGUUCCGAUGAAGCAGCGGAAUUGGGAUGUCCUACUAAGAAACCAUCGAUGCCACCACCGGUUGCAAUCCAACAACAAACUUUAUCAGCACCAGCUAAUUCAGCAAACUAUCAGCCAUCGAUACAGCGUCACAAACCUUAUGAUGCUGCAUAUGGACAUCAAGAGAAAGAUUCAAGACCCUGGCAGCUGUCGGGUCAUCAACUAGCUCCACAGCAAGAAAGAAUACAAUACCCUCAGCAAGUUGUUAUUUCACAACCGCAAGUAAAUUUAGGUUCGCAAAGAUAUCAGUGGGAAUAUCAACCCUUAUAUGAACAAAAUAAUGGAAAUUUCAAUUCGAUCAAUUCAUUUCGUGGACCAAGCAACACUAAUCCUUACGAGCCAGAGCAGUCACAUAUAUUCAACCACAAAGGGCCGGGAGUCAUUGGUGAAGGUGGUGAUGGAGGCGCUUAUAUAGAUCAAAAUCGACAAUAUGCUCCAUACUAUCCUCCGGAUAAUGGAAAUUGGCAGGAAGGUCAGCCACAACAGCCACCUUCGAUACUGCCAACGCAACCAAAUAGUCCGUCUCUGAUACCAAAAUUACAGCCUCAAGUUACAAACAAGCCUCCGCUAUGCAAAGAUGAUAAAAAGCAAGGUAAAACUCCACCAAUAACAAAUGUGGUGCAAUCGAGUAAAUCUAUGGGGCAGAAGAAUUCGAUUAUUCCAAAAGCAAAAACUGAAAUAGAUGACAGCGUGACCUCUGAAAAUGACGAGACACACCACAAUACAGUAAAGACAGCUAAACCACACAAACACACAGAGACAAAGAUCUUUGUCGAGCAGUCAAAUGAAGAAACAAAAGGUCACUUGAUUAUGGACCGUCUCCAAGACAGUAAUGAGGACAGAGAUCUGAGACCAAAGGGUGCAGUAAUAUCAUUAGCUCUCGGAUUAACAACAACCGCGUUGAUGGCUGCCUUGAUAGCUUGUCGAUUAAGAAUGGUUAGACGACGAGGCCGGCGUGGUCAUGGACCAUAUGCGCAUGAUGCUGAUUACUUAGUGAACGGAAUGUACCUUUGAAUAAAUCUUAAUUAAGGUAUGAGAUUAGGAUAUUGGGUAAAUGCGAAAAUGUAUUAAAAUGAUUGGAUGAUCUUUAUACAUUCGAUUGACGUAUUAUAGAUAUAUUAUCUGUUACAAUAAAUUCUUUUUCAAGAAGAUACAAUAAUGGUUCACCUACAUUCCCAGUUAGUUUCUCACCGAGCCACAUUUGCAAUUUAAUGGAGAGACUUUAUUUGGUCACUUCAAUAUGUACUGUUCGACGAGAGUUCUCCAAAGUUCACAGAACUCCAUAAGAUGAAAAUUUUCAUA